CUCUCGCACACAAUUUCUUCUUCUACACCAACUUCACUCCUGCAAAUACAUAAACGCUGUUGAUCUUAUAAUACUUCUAGCAAUUAAUCAGAAGCUUCAGCCUGAGUUGAGUCUACUUCUUUCACCCCAGCAUGUAUUCCCCUGCAAUUCUGUUUCUGCUCUCGAGCGCGUUCAUCAGCGCAUCCAUGGCAAACUUCGGGACCGACGUCGAUGUCACCUGGGGAGGUCAGAGGGCCGUGGUCACCAACAACGGCCAGCAGCUUAGCCUCUCCCUCGAUCGGUCAUCCGGCGCCGGUUUCCAAUCCAAGCAGGAGUUUCUCUUUGGGAAGUUCGACAUGAAAAUCAAGCUCGUUCAUGGCAACUCAGCUGGCACUGUCACUGCCUACUACCUGUCUUCCCAAGGAGCUCUGCACGACGAGAUAGACAUGGAGUUCCUGGGCAACCUUAGUGGCCAGCCCUACACUCUGCACACCAACGUCUACACACAAGGGAAGGGAAACAAAGAGCAGCAAUUUCACCUCUGGUUCGACCCAACUGCUGAUUUCCACACCUACACCAUCCUCUGGAAUCCCCAACAGAUAAUGUGGUACGUGGACGGGACUCCCAUUAGAGUGUACAGGAAUCAUGAAUCAUCAGGAGUAGCUUAUCCAAGCAAGCAGGCAAUGAGGAUGUAUUCAAGCCUGUGGGAUGCAGAGGACUGGGCCACCCAGGGAGGCCGCGUCAAGACCGACUGGACCCAGGCUCCUUUCACAGCUAGCUUCAGCAAUGUUGACAUCAAUGGCUGUGUGUGGUCCGGCUCCGGUUCAUCGUGCGGACCGUCUUCGUCUUCAUGGAUGAACCAGGUUCUAGUGGCCUCGGACCAACAAAAGCUGGCCUGGGUGCAAAAGAACUACAUGACCUACAACUACUGCAGUGAUGCACAGAGGUUUCCACAAGGCCUCCCACCAGAGUGUUCCUUGGCUUGACCAUACGUAGAUUUUGUUGGCCCGGCCGGACUUCUAUUCAUUAGUUGCCACAUUAAUCUUGUUCAAGAACUAUAUAAGAAAUAAUGAGUGUCAGGUAUGAAGAUUAUUAGAUUAAUUAAAGCCUUGGUUCUUCGAACAUAUUGUAUGUUAUGUACAUGAUUAAUCAAAGGAAGCUGAAUGGCAUGAUUAA